AUGAACACACUGUUCUGCUUUACAGAUGCUUCCACUAAAGCCUAUUCAGCAUCAUACCUCUACUCUUCAGUAAAUGGAAAAGCAACUGUCAACCUGGUGUUUUCCAAAGUACGUGUCGCCCCAGCCAAACCUCUCAGCAUUCCAAGCUUGGAACUGUUAGGUGUUCUUAUCAGAACGAGAUGCCUUAACUAUGUAACUCAACAACUUCAGUUGUCCAUGGUAGAUAGAUUUCUGUGGACUGACUCACAGUGUGUUCUUCACUGGAUGAAAACUUGUAAGCCAUUACCUGUGUUUGUUCAGAACUGGAUUAGAGAGAUUACCUCACACAUGAACAUCAAGUUUGACUAUGUGUCCACUUCACAAAAUCCCGCUGAUCUGGCUACCAGAGGUGUUCCAACAGAUGAACUUAUCCACAAUAACUUGUGGUGGCAUGGCCCAUCAUGUUGA